CAGACACACACACACACACACACAGCUGACUUGGCAGCUGUGAGGUUGGAGGUGGGGAACUCAUUGCCUGCUAAGCUACUUAACACUUCAAGUGCCUGCACUUCUGAGGCUGAGUUUGCAGCCUCCAGCAUGUUUAGAGUUAAUUCCUAUUAGGUUGGACUCCGCCCCUCUUUCCCAAAGGUAAAGAAAGCAAGAUUUUCAGGCAUCACUGCAAAGAGCAGCUGGGAUUCCCAUCCCCGGCUGACAUCUGACAAGCUGUGAGGAGAAGUUGUUUCUCAGAUCUGAGCCCGGAAAAGAGGGAACAAGUCAGUCUGCCUUCGUGGUCAGAAGAUAAAACCUGAGACCAUGAGGAGCAGCCUGACCGUGGUGGGGACCCUGUGGGCCUUCCUGUCCCUUGUUACUGCAGUUGCCAGUUCUACCAGUUACUUCCUGCCUUACUGGCUCUUUGGAUCCCAGCUGGGAAAGCCAGUAUCAUUCAGCACAUUCCGGAGGUGCAACUACCCUGUGCGGGGGGAAGGACAUAGUCUGAUCAUGGUGGAAGAGUGUGGACGCUAUGCCAGCUUUAGUGCCAUCCCAAGCCUGGCCUGGCAGAUGUGCACAGUGGUGACAGGUGCUGGCUGUGCUCUGCUGCUCCUGGUGGCACUGGCUGCUGUCCUGGGCUGCUGCAUGGAGGAACUCAUCUCCAGGAUGAUGGGACGUUGCAUGGGAGCAGCGCAGUUCGUGGGAGGAUUGCUGAUAAGCUCAGGCUGUGCAUUAUACCCCUUAGGAUGGAAUAGCCCGGAGAUAAUGCAAACAUGUGGGAAUGUCUCCAAUCAAUUUCAGUUAGGUAAGGUGGCCUGGGCAGAAUGGCAGUGA